AUGUCUAUGCUCAUAGAUAGCUAUUGGGACGCCUGGAUGUUGAGUACCAAAGAAUUUCUGAAAAAGUGUAUAUUGUAAGUGUUUUAAAACCAAAUAUUAUGUUAGUGUAGGUACAUCAUAUAGGUAUAUUAUCUACUUAAAAAAUAGUAGAUUAGUAGGUUUUGGAGUCCUAUCCUUGCUACCACUAUCCUAAUCCAUCGGUAUCUAUCUUCUUUUAUCUUUCUAAUACUUAUUUAAUUUUUAGUACCGUCUCUGUAAACAUGACCAAACCUAACCUUUCCCUUAUGCUAUAUAAGUGUAUAUUGGGGUUUUCCAUUGUUUUUUUUGUAAAUAAUUAUUAUGUCUUUUUUUCCCAUUUCUAUAUUAUAAACUAGACUAAAAAUUGUUCUUAGUAAUUUCCAUUUUGUUUUAUUAAGUUGUCUGUGUCUUAAAACUAUGUGUGAUAACUGGUCCCAAGUAACUUACAUAUAAUAUUAUUUUUGAUUCUCUGAAUAAUAAUUUAGAUUUGAAUAGUUCGAAUAGACUAUAGUCUAUUAUAGUAUAGUAUAAUAUCAUUAAUAAAUUUUGUCCUUUUAUUUCUUGAUAUACCUACGCUAAUUCAUUUCGAUGUUAUUAUAUACUGGUGAAUAUUUCUAUGACUUUCAAAUGUUUAUAUGCUACUUGCAAGUUUGUUUUGUCUUUUAUCUUUAUGUACACAGUAUGUCCGAAAUUUUUCUGAAUAAAAUUUUUGUAAUAAAUAUAUAAACCGUUUUCGAUUGUACAACUAUUGCAUCAAAUUGACCAUAGUACAAAGUCUAAUAAGUAUGUGUACAAAAUACCAAAAUGUUUGGUUUCUUCAGUCUUGAGUUGUAUUUGGUUCAGCAUAGUGUGUUCAUAUUACCUUGGAAGAGUUUGUAAAAUGGAACAAAGAAGAAGUUGAAUACAAUUUUGUGUUUCUUUUGUAAAUCUUUUGUAGAAACUUAUUCUAUGACAGUGGUUUUCAAACUGGGUGCCGAGCAUUAACUAGGUAUGUCUCAGUUUUCAGAAAUUUGUUUUCUUUAAGUUGUGACCAAUCAGCAGUUACAAUGAUCUGCUCGUUAAAUAUGAAUUUGUAACUAUUUUGAUUAUGAUUCAUUAAUUUUGUUAUUAGUUCUAAUUAUGUGCAAAAACAUAUUAAACAAAGCCAAAAAAAAAAAAUCAUAGUGUGCCGUGAAAAUUUUUUGAAAGUGCAAAGUGUAUGAAGGUCAAAAAAAGUUUGAAAACCACUGUUCUAUGAUAUAGCAUUGGCGAUGAAGCUACAUCUUGUACUACUACAUACACAUGAUGGAAGUGAUUUAAAGAUGAUUGAGAGUCGUUGGUUGACGACAAACAAAGUGGGAAACCAUCAACCGCUGUUUACAACGGAAAUGUGUAUAUUACUACUUAAACAACUUUAUCUUACCCUUUGGAUCAUAGCACAAAAGCUUAACCUUACAAUGCAUAUUUUUUUUUUUUAGUCUAGUACUUUUUUUUGAUAGUUUUUAAUUUGGGGAAAAUAAAAAUAAAUUCUUAAAAGAAUCAAUGUUGAAUCAUAAAGUUAAAAAAGUUGAUUAUUGAUCUAGAAAAACAUUAUGCAUUUAGAACUACAAAAAACACAAUAAAUGUAUAGAUAAAAAUAUGUUUGCAUUGUUUAUUAAUUUAAAACUAAUAACAGUAUACAAAUAACAGAAUUAUUUAAAAGUUUGAUACCAAGUACUUGAAUUCAAAACUAAAUUAAAAAGUUUGGAGUUUCUAGAAAAUUGUAUAAUAUUUGUAUGUAAUUUGUAACUAAUAUCCAAUCAUUCUUUUUUUUUUUUAUUCUGUUUAGUAAAAAAAUAGCUCUGGUAUCAAAGGUGUCAUAGUAUCAAACUUGGUUUUAGAUUCAGAGCGUAGCAAAAGAAAUUUAUUAAUUUUAGUAUGAUGUAUUUUUUGUAUUUUUUUCUGUCUGUGAACAACUUUUAAACUAGCUUCUACUUUGCUCCAUAGUAUAGUCUAUAGCAUUUUUCCUAAAACGUUAUUUUCUCUAGUUGGUGCAUUGGGAAGGUCAUUUUUCGUUUUUUCAGUGAAUUUGAAAUAAUUGGAAAAACCCAAAAGAAAAUUCUAGGUAUUACAGCAAAUUACUAGACAAAUUUACAAAAUAUAGUCAUUUUAAUUUUGCGAGUUUUUAAUGUAGUUUUUAUUUGUUACAUACUGUAUAGAUAAAUUGUUAGACUUGACAGAAAUGCUUGAAAAUUUGAUAGGAGGUUUAUUAUAAAUCAUACUUCAUGGUAAUAAAAAAAAAUUUAUUUAUUUAAAAUAUUUUUCCACUACUGUUGAAAUAUUAGAAAUAUUUGAAUGUUUGGCCCAGUUAACUGACUGUUAUAAUACGUAGUAAAAACAACUCUUAAAACUAUUUAUAAUUUAUGAUAACUACAAUGAUUUUCUACCAAUAUUUUCUUCAAUUAACUAUGUAAGUUAAUCAAAUUUAUGUGUCCUGUAUUACUGGCUGUUGUGUCAAGUGAUAAUGAUUGUACGCGAUUUGUUAUGCUUCAAUAAUGAUUUAAUAAUAGCAUUUGACAUUGCUUCCCCAGUUCCAGAUUCAAGCUUUGGAACAUUGAGAAGCUUACUUACUCUGUCUCCAGAUGGAUUAAAAGAUGCGUUUAUGUUCUCGACAACUUAUUGUCUAAAAUAACUAUUUCUUCGAAUAGUUAAACAAUUUAUAGUGAUGUUGUUUGCAUUACAGCCAAGACUUUGGACUCUGGCCAUGAAAAUAUGAACAGCUUUUUGAUCAUUUGAGUACGAUCUAAUGUCGUUAAAAUUUCAGAACUCAUAAUAGUUUGUCUUCCCCAUUUUCUAAAAAUCAAAGUAGAUGUGGUUUCUAAUGAAAAUCCAACUUGUUCUUUACUAGAAGUCCCAGGAGAAAAUAAAUCAAGGAGCUGAUAGUUCAUCUUGCCCUUUUUUACAUAUUUUUUUUAUAAUUUUGAAACACAAUUUCACGUUGAUUUUUCCAUAUUUAUUGUGUUUCAAGUUUUCUAUCUAUUCCAAUCAUACACAUUUUUCUACCUUUCUCGUGUUAUGUUAAUAAGAAUUUUUUGUCUUCAUCAAGGUACCUGUCCUCUUGACAGGUAUUUUUACAAUUUUUUCACAAAGCCAAAAUUAAUUUAAAUAUAACGACUUGAUGCACAGCCUCAUAUUACGCUUUUUGACUAUUACCUAAACACUGAUUACAGUUUUAUCUAAAUAUUAUAUAAAUUCUUCUAUUAAAGUAAAACAGUCAAUCCAAUGUAAUUUAUAACAAUAUACAUUAUUUUAGGGAAUUAAAUUUUAAUUAAAAUAUUUUACUAAGAUAUUUCAUAUUUAUUUUAUAUGACUAUAAUAUUAUAUUUUAACAAUAAUUUAUGUUAGUUGGAAAAGUGCUAAAAAUUAUGCAACCAGACCUGGAAUUAAACCCAUAUGUCACUUGUUGGACAAUUGUUUUAGUACUAAGCUACUCAUUAACUCUUCACUCACUUAAUGUUAUUUUUAUCUUUUAGCAACAUGCCUAUGUCCUCAUGUGACAAGACAAUUGAUGUGCUUGCAAUCAAUCGCCAACAAGUUGGAAAAAGUAAGACAAAUAAUUCAAACAUUUUACAUCUUAUAAUAUUUUGAAAACCUUUAAAUACUUCCAAAUUAUAUUAUUGUUUUAGUAAUAGAAGUUAAAUUCUAUAGUAUUGUAAAUUUCACCUGGUACUUUUGUCACAAACACUGUUAUUGGGUUCUAUGA